AUGCGAACAGCUGUCUGUAAGGGCAAAAUAACCGUUGUCAUAGACUUUUAUCACUUGGAAAAGUACACAAACAAGCAAUACUUGGUGUUUCGGUCGGUGAAACCUUUGCUUAUUCACUCAGAAGUCGGUGAUAAAUGGACGGUGGUCGAAGAUGGCACGAACAGCAGUGACGUUGCGAUCCAACUUCAGUACUCCGUGCGGGUUUCAUGUCGAGAGACGUUUUAUGGACCACAGUGUUCCAGAGAGUGCGAGCCACGUGACUACGAAUUUGGACAUUACAAUUGUUCCUCGGAUGGUACUAAAGUCUGCCUUCCAGGAUGGACGGGUCUUGCCUGCAUGCAAGCUGUGUGUCGUGACGGGUGUAAAGGCACGUGCGAUAAGCCGUUUGGCUGCGACAACUGUAUAUAUGGCUGGACUGGUUCGAACUGUGACGUUUGCCAGACUAGCGCCACCUGCGUUCAUGGCUACUGCCACAAGCCGCAUCAGUGCAUCUGCUACAACAAGUGGGGCGGCAAGGACUGCGACAAAGACGAGGACUUCUGCCUGCACAAGAAGCCAUGCCUGAACGGGGGCACAUGUCACAAUCGCAACAACGACUUUUUUUGCGUCUGUGCACCCGGCUUCACCGGUCGAGUAUGUGACAUCCGGAAUUGUCACCACAUGUGCAAAAACGGCGGAAAAUGUAUCCACUUCGGCAACAGCAGUUCCGAGUGCCUGUGCCCUGCUAAAUACAAAGGCCAAUUCUGCGAAAGACGUGAGUGCAUCUUCACCUAA